AUGUCGCGUGCAGGACAACCAGUUGAUGCCUCGCCAUUGGGCCGACCCCUGGAGUUCCCCUUCUCCGGCCGGACUGCUCGUAACCGUUUCCUCAAGGGUGCUAUGAGCGAGUGCUUGUCUUCAUGGUCAGAGGACAACCUGUCGGCGCGUGGCAUUCCUUCCCAAACGUUGGUGGAAACCUAUUCCACCUGGGGCCAAGGAGAGAUCGGCCUGAUCUUGACGGGCAAUGUCAUGAUUCAUCCGCAACAGCUCGAGACGGAAGGCAACCUGGUCAUCCCUGCAGAUUCGCCCUUCGAGGGGGAACGGUUUGAGCAAUACCAAAAGCUGGCUGCCGGAGCCACCGCGAAGGGUUCAUUGAUCGUGGCUCAAGUGAGCCACCCCGGGCGACAAACCCCUUCUCACCUGCAGCCACAUCCCAUCAGCGCCAGUGAAAUCCAGUUAGCGGGUGAGGUCCUGGGCAAUACGUAUGGCGUCCCUCGCGCCGCCAACGACGACGACAUCCGCCAGGUCAUCGAGGGCUUCGCCCAUGCCGCCGAGUUCCUGGACAAGGCGGGCUUUGACGGCAUCCAGCUCCAUGCGGCCCAUGGCUACCUUCUGAGCCAAUUUCUGUCGGAGACAACAAACAAGCGCACCGAUCGCUACGGCGGUACGCUUGCCAACCGGAUGCGACUGAUCCUCGAGAUCCGCGACGAGAUUGCGAAGCGAGUCCACCCGGGAUUCAUUAUCGGGGUCAAGGUGAACAGCGUGGAGUUUCAGCCCAACGGCUUCCAGCCCGAGGAAGCCCAGGAGCUGUGCCGCACGCUCGAGGACCACCGCUUUGACUUCGUGGAGCUGUCUGGCGGCACCUACGAAAACUGGAAGAUGCACGACGAAGGCAAGCGGGAUUCGACGAAACGUCGGGAAGCCUUUUUCCUGGAUUUCGCACAGAUGAUUGUUUCCUCCCUCUCCAAGACCAAGUCGUAUUUGACCGGUGGCUUCCGCUCCGCCGAGGGAAUGCUCAAGGGCCUAGAGACGUUAGACGGCGUGGGUCUCGCUCGUCCAUUGUGCCAGGAGCCAUUCCUCUGCCGGGACAUCCUCCAGGGUAAGGUCUCCGGCGCACUGGUGCCUCAGAUCAACCAAUAUGAUUUUGGAUUGGCUGCCGUUGCCGCGUGCAUCCAGAUGCGCCAGAUGGGAACCGGAUUGGCUCCGAUUGAUUUGAGCGUCUCGCAGGGAGCAGACUCGGUGGCCGCGGCGGUCGCUCGGUGGGCAGACCGGAAGGCCAAGGAUCGAUCUGAAGACGCUAUCCAGCCUCCGGUCGUGCCGGGAUAUGCCGUUGCUUUGACGGUGUCCGCCUAG